AUGAGGGGAAGGGAUUUAGUCGAUAUAUUUCUAUUCGUGAUCGGUCUGAAUGGGAUUUUGUUGUCGCCCAAAUCGAUGCAUUUCCAAGAGGAAUUCAGCAUUCAAGAUAUUAUCCGGUUUGUACAGAGUGAUCGAAGUUGUGAUUUUUUUCUACAGGAAAUCCCAUCACUAAUUCGACAAGACAACUUGAUAUCUCAUCAAAAUGAGGAGACUUGCAUACUUCUCACUUCCUUCGACAAUUCGUCAUCAAAUGAAACGAUCCGGCUUAGCGGUAUUAUUGUGAGGCUCUAUGCAAAUGUCAAGAAAUACGAAUUUUCUGUGAUGCCUAAACAAUGCCAAGGAGACAGCUCAUUCAACGAAAUUCAGAUUCAUGUCUCAUGUCAAACCACACAAGCACAUAACUUAAACAUAUGCAAUGAUGGCAGAGGUUGCAACACUGAAAGAGAAUUCUGCAGAAAGCUAUUUGAGGAUGAAAAUGAAAAAGGACUUUGUAUUGCACGACGCAACCUUUUUGAAUCCUGUGACAAGGACAUGCAGUGCACACAAACCACUAAAUGCGAGAAUAGGACAUGUCAUUGCAAGAAAGGAUUUAAAGUCAUCGGUGGUAAAUGCUUGCCUGUUGGGAUGUCUUUGAACGAAUCAUGCUCUCACGACCGUCAGUGCACUGGUACUGCAAACGCUGGGAGGUGUCAACAGAACAAACAGAGUCGAGGUGGUGGUGUCUGCUCCUGCAACCCAGGAUUCUUUCAAGAGGAUUGGAAUUGUUUACAAGGUAGUCGACGCCUUUUCCAAUCUUGUGAAUUUCACAGACAAUGUACAGGAACUUAUGGUGCACGGGAAUGUAAGGUCAUCGCUGGUAUAAAAAUGUGUCACUGUCCGGAUAAUCACACAGUCGUUCAAGACGUUUGUAUAAAAGUUGGGUCAGUCAUAGGGGAGACGUGUAUAAUCAAUGAAGAAUGUACCGGUACACAAAAUGGUGGGAGAUGUGUCUUCAGCGAGGCUACACGGACUCAAACAUGUGCCUGUAAUGACGAUUAUCUUACAAAUGGUUCAUAUUGUUUACCAGUCAAUAAAACACUUUUUGAGACUUGUGAAGUAGAUGAUCAGUGCAAUAGAACGUUGGGUUUGGGAAUCUGCAGAACAGUUGGUGAUAGAAAGGUGUGUGUCUGUGGACCUCAAUACAUAGAGAACAUGGCUUCCUUAACAUGUCACAAAGAGAGCCAAGCUAACAGCUGUGCUUGCAAGGAUGGAUUUGAAUGGGUGAAUGUAUCGUGUACCAAGUAA